GUCAUGUAUCCAUAUACCCAUGUAUGGAGAGCGUGGAAUAUGUGGAGCGUGCAUUUCUACUCAUUUCUUAGACACUGCCUGGUUCGGCAAUGCAAGACUGCCAUCAGCAGGAUAGUUGCCUUCGGAAAUCCCCUGGAAAGCCGCGCCAUAUAAGCGUCGUGCGAGACGAAAAACGUGUUACGACCGCGAACUCCCUUGUUUUCAAUCAUCACCGAUGGCGAACCCUCCAACUGGAUGGUAUCCACUCCCCCCACAAUACCCUCCUUACCAUCAAUUCCCUCUUUCGAGUAUGAACACACGACCCCGAAGUCAUAGUUAUCCGCCCCCUCCUCGCCCCCCGGCACCCAUGCCACCGCCUACCGCGCCUCCAUAUUAUCGAACCUUUGCUCAACAACCUUUUCCGCAGCCACGAAGACAUACGGUUUCCCAUCCACAAUGGCGGCCUGAAGGGAAUGCAUACAUCCCACGCCCUUUGACACCUCAUCUAGAUUAUCGUCGACUGUUCAACCCGCCAUUGCCUCCUCAGCCUCAGAUACACAUUCUUCUUACAGGGAAUUCCACCACUCCGCUACUCGUUUUCGACCUUUCUGCCCCUGUCGUAUCUCCUCGUCGACGCAUAAAUCCCACGCAGGCGAUCCCGCUCACGGCACUUGAAAUCGAUCAAUCAGCGACGUACCCGGAGUUACAGCAUCUACGGAUCGUCUGCGAUGCGAUCCCCCAGUGGACGCUCGAUCUACACAUCACAGGCAGGUCGAUUUACCCUCCGCGUCCGGACCGCGCAGCUAUUCCGUACAUCACUGUCGGAGAUAUCCUGCACGCACUACACUCGCAUCUGCACCAGGAUGUCACGCGCGAUGAGUGGGCACGGCUCUUGCCGGAACAGGAGCUUGACGUCUCGAGGGCGUUCACGAGGCGGUACAAGUCCUCUGGCGCGGUGCGACGAGCCCAGAGUGAUGGCGUGAAACGCGUCGACUUUUUAUUGCGCCGUUAUCAUUUCAAGGGGUUUGUGUGGCUAUACCCCGAGAACCGGAUUGGGAGGAUGAAUCUCCUUGUCGGCUCUGAGCCGUGA